AUGCAUCUGCUGUCGGACAACAGAAGAAGAGGGGAAACAGUGUGCGAUGCUUCCGGUGCGGAAACAUGGGUCACUACCCACGUGAGUGUACGGCACCAGUACACUCAAGCCAAGGUCAUCGUGGCGAUAUCGGGUAUCGUCACGGCCAAACAAAAAACGGCAAGGACCAGGAUUCACAAGAAGAAGCGACGGCGCAGACACAAGACGCUGCGCAAGUCUCGAUCAGGGACCGAGACUCUUCAUGGUGGGACUGCCGGGCAGACACAAGUGGCAACAAUGGCCGUCGAGACGUUGAACGUCUUGACGCGGGCCAGUACUGGGUAUCAGUACAAGAAGAUGGAGUUGGAGAACCCUCCUUCCAGUCAUGAGCUGGAAGCGCUUCGCAAAGGACCUCAAGUGAAGGCAAUCGACGACUUCUUCGAAAGUCGACGCAAGGCAGGACAAGUGCGGGAAUCGAAGUCCCCGCACAGCGCACCAACAUUCUGUGUCAAGAAGCCACAGGGUGGCUGGCGCAUCGUUCAUGUGUACAACAAGCUGAACGUUGCGACGAUACCGGCGCAGACGCCGAUACCUUGA